AUGGCCUGGAUGGUGUACAUAUCGCUGGAGAUUGCGAUCGCUGUGGCUUGUUGCCUGGGGAACGUGAUGGUUGUGUGGGCCGUCCAGAUGAGGCGGUCCCUAAGGCAGCCCACUUUCUGCUUCGUGGUGUCGCUGGCCGUGGCUGACUUUCUGGUGGGGGCCGUGGCGGUGCCAUUGGCCGUGCUGGUGGACGGCUGGGUGUGUACGUCCUUCCAUGUGUGCCUGGCGGUCAGCUGUGUGGUGCUGGUGCUCACCCAGGCCUCUGUGCUGUCGCUGCUGGCCAUCGCCGUGGACCGCUACCUGCGAGUCAGGAUCCCCCUCAGAUACAAACAAAUGGCCACUCAGCGUCGCUCCUGGGCAGCGGUGGCUCUGUGUUGGCUCGUCUCCUGUUUUCUCGGCUUCCCCCCGCUCUUUGGCUGGCACAACGGAAGCCCUGGCGGUGCGCCAUCCUCCGCAAACUCCACCGUCAUCGAGUGCACUUUCCUGGCCGUGGUCUCCCUGCCCUACAUGGUCUAUUUUAACUACUUCGGCUGCAUCCUGCUGCCCUUGCUGGCCAUGACUGUGCUUUACACCCUGGUCUUCCACAACCUGCGCGUGCGUCUGCGGAGGGAGCCUGCAUCCCCGUCCAUGUCCGCGUUCGCCGAGCCGCAGGGCGGCUCCAGGGCCUUCUACGAGCGCGAGCGGAGGCUGGUCAGUUCGCUGGCGCUCGUGCUCGUGCUCUUCGCCGUAUGCUGGAUGCCGCUGCACAUCAUGAACUGUGCGCUGCUCUUCUCCCGAGGGGUAGGGCCCGACGAUGACGACCACAACGACGGGGUGGUCUCCCAGGGCGCCUUCUACGCUGGCAUCCUCCUGUCGCACGCCAACUCGGCCGUCAACCCCGUAGUGUACGCACUGCGCAUCCGUAAGAUCCGCGAGGCCUACACCGAGAUCUGGAGACAGUGCUUUCUGUGCCGCCGUGAAAGGCAGAGGCGGAGGAACUCAGACGUCUGGCAGGGCGGCCUCCCAGGCAGUCAUGAGACCGGGAGCAGCCCUGUGCUGGCGUCAGCGCAGGCUUCCAGACUGUGAGGUUUGUUUACAGGACAGAUCCGCGCUUUGAAAGACUUGUUUGAACAGAUGGGAAGAGAGCUGCUUGCCAUUUCCAUACAACAAUUAUAAGUUGAGUUAAAUUAUGCAAUUAGAGUGAGGGCAAUAACAUGUAAUGAUACAUAAAAUAAUCCUGUAAAAGUGUGAAUUGCACCCAACUUUAGCCUUUGGUGCCUUUGCUGCCCAAGUGUGUCUGAGUAAACAACAUUCCAGACAAACAAAUACAUCUGGAAAUACGCAGUGGCCAUCCGCUCUCUCUGGCUGUCCUUGGUUAAUCACAUACAGUAGUACAGUAAAGUAAGGUCCAUGGAGGAAUCCUUCUGAUUUCAAAAGAGGUUAAGGGAAAAAAGUGGUGCCCCCUCUGUGCCACUGAAUCUUGCCUCUGAGCUUAUGGGACUGGCUAUAAUAAAAAGCAAUGCAAGUCCUUUCCUCAUGGGGGUGCUCCACACAAAGAUAAUAUUUUUUUCUUGUGUACAGUAAAAGUGUGUCUUUUAGUAUGUGUGUUUGUGUGUGUGUGUGUGUGUGUGUGUGUUGUGUGUG